AGCACUGUAUAUUAGUCAUCGGUAAAAAUAUUUACGUCAAGCAUUUGUCAUACUUGUUUAUUGUAAAAAUACAAUAAUUUUCUCAUUAAAUAGUUUGGAAAAGGUGUAAAGUCUUAAUUUUAGAAAAAUCAAAAUGGGUAACGAAAUGUCAUCGUCCGCCAUGGAAAAACACUUAUUCAACUUGAAAUUUGCCGUUAAAGAACUUCAACGGAGUUCAAAACGAUGCGAAAAAGAAGAAAAACAAGAAAAAGCCAAAACAAAACAAGCAAUUCAAAAGGGCAACAUGGAAGUGGCACGAAUUCACGCUGAAAACGCUAUAAGACAGAAGAACCAGUCUUUAAAUUAUUUAAAAAUGUCUGCACGAGUUGAUGCCGUUGCCAGCAAAAUACAAUCAGCUGUAAUGACUAGAAAAGUAACAAAUAAUAUGGCAGGUGUGGUCAAAGCAAUGGACGCGGCUAUGAAGAGUAUGAAUCUUGAAAAAAUUUCGAACGUUAUGGAUAAAUUCGAGCAACAAUUUGAAGAUCUGGGAGUUCAAACCGAUGUCCUUGAAAACACCAUGUCACAAACCACCACCACUCUUAUUCCACAAAAUGAAGUUGAUUCACUUUUGCACGAAGUUGCUGAUGAGGCUGGCCUGGAGUUGAAUUUGGAGCUCCCAACAGGAGUGGAAGGCAGCACAAUAGGAACACCAAGCGAAGUUUCGCAGGAACAAGACGAACUCACCCAACGACUUGCACGACUAAGACAAGCCGAAUAAAUUUCUAACCCGUGAUAUCAUUACUUUUAUUCCCAUCCACAUUAAAAAGUGCUUUAGAUUUAUGUAAAAACUUAAGCUUAUCCUGUGUAAAAAAUAAAUGUAUUUUAGUUUAACGUAACACGAGAUUUUUUUGUAUAGUUUGGUUUAAAUAAAAUUAACAACCUUGAA